AUGGCGCUGCGCAUGCUCGCGUUGGGGGUGCUGGUCGAGAAGGUGCUAGGGCUGGUGCUCAGCGAAGUUGCAAAUCGCGGCUUCGACUACAGGCAGAUCGCGAGGUCGCUGAUCGGGAAAGCGCAGGACUUGACGCCAGAGGCCUGCGACCAGCAGUGUCUGGCGAAUCCAGACUGCGUCUCAUGGCAGGUUUGCGCACCUAUAGGUGGUGGCUGCGAUGGCUGCUAUCAGAUGCGGAACUGGCCGGAAAUCGGCGAGAAAUCUGGCUGGUUCGCCCGCGUGCUCGAAGAUCGGGCACGCAGCAAAAAUCUGACUGUAGGAGAACACAAUGCGCUGCCUUCAAACGUUAGCAUGCCCACCACGACAGAGGGCUGCAAGCAGUUUCUGCUGUCUGCAAACGGUGGAGCACCGGAGUCGGACCUGAACCACUCCAUCUACAACAGGUGUGGCGAGAUGCUGCGCAGCACAGAAGAGGCCAAGGGCAUCGCAGUGCUUGGCCAGCACUGGCCCGUUUCGCUAGUCUACAACUUCCGUGAUCCUGCAAUCUCGGUCCCACCCGAGAUAGAGGAGCAGUGGAAAGGAAGUGGAAAUGCGGUGCAGCAGUCUGCCUACCAGGAGCCGGGGGGCCCGGGAUCCGUCACUGCAGAGUUGCACAGUUCGACCAAUACAGAGGUGUUGCCCAAGACGCCCCUACAUGCAUUUGCACUUCCGUUCUACGAUACCAACAUCGCGCAUGGCAUCAUGCAAAUGGGAACCAUGAACCCAAUGCAAAACUACCAGAUGCAGGCACUCCUGCGCCCUGGUGAUACCGUUGUGGACGUGGGCGCCAAUCUAGGAUCCUACACAAUCCCUUUCGGCGAGAGAGUGGGGCGUGAGGGGAAGGUCUUGGCUUUCGAGCCAUUUCGCUGGCUAUACCAGCUAGUGACGGCGAACGUUGCUUUGAAUGGACUGUCCAAUGUCUGGACCUUCAAUGUGGCCCUCGGGGAACGCAAGCAAAGGUUCUAUGGUCGCCCACCGCAGCUUCGAUUUUUCAGCAGUCCUGGUGGUGCCAAGGUGAACUACGCUGAGCAGGAUGGGGCGCCAGGAGCACAGGAGAGUAUGCACAUCAACCAAGCCGUGCAACUGUACGACUUCGAGACUGAUCCGGAAGAGACUUUAAUGUUCGCCCUGGACGAGGUGCUCUCCGGUCAAACCGACCUCAAGCCGCCCACGGUGCAGAGCAUCAGGCUUAUCAAGAUCGAUGUUGAGGGCAUGGAAACGAACGUGGUGCUUGGCGCUAUGAAUGCCAUCUAUCAGUUCAAGCCCAUCAUCUGGAGCGAGAACGAUGACUAUUUUGACAGGAGUGAUACGAAAUUCCUGGCCAUCAUGGAGCAGUUGGAAUACCAAUGUGCAAAGGUGGAGACAGCUCCGAAAGAUCUUAUGUGCACGGACAAGUAUGGACGUGGUCACCAGUUUCAGUGA